UUGCCAAUUUUGCGUCUAACAUUUCCGAAUGUUUUGAAGAAAAGUGUCAAAGUCCAAAUAAAUCAAAUCAUUUCAUAUAUAAAUCCCCUUAUUGGAAAAACCCUCAAACAAACACCUGGAGAUCAGCUAACUAGAUAGAUCAUGAGUUCAGCAACUCGGAGUAGCAAAUGUUAUUCAAUGAUGAUGCUCCAAGUCUUAUGGGUUUUGGUUGUUUACAUGUUCAGUGCAUUUGCUGAUUCUGAUGAUUGCCCACCUAAUACACCUGCUCAUGAAGUUGCUGCCCUUGGAGAGGUUGCUAAAGAAUUGAAGUAUGUUUUAAAGUGCAAGGGGGAUCCAUGUAACAAGAAUAAUAGUUGCUGGCAUACACCAGUUGAUCCAAGCAGGCAUAGUUACGUCAACCAACUAUCUUGUGAAUGCAUCGAUGGUGUAUCGCAUGUCACUAAUAUUUCAUGGAAAGGCCAAAGUCUUAAAGGCAUCCUGCCCAGAUCCAUUGCAAAGCUUCCCUACAUUAAGACUAUUGAUUUAUCAAGGAGUCUUCUUACUGGAACAAUACCAAAAGAAUGGACUGCUACAAAAUUGGAAUUUGUGUCUCUCUUUGCUAAUCGUUUGUCAGGUCCUAUUCCAGAUUACUUGGGAAAUAUUACUUCUCUAACAUAUUUAAGUAUAGAGAGCAAUCUAUUCAAUGGAACAAUUCCACCCCAACUUGGAAAAUUAGUUAACUUGAGCAACUUAACACUUACAGAUAAUGCACUUACGGGCUCUUUGCCUGUUGAGUUAAAGAAGCUCAGUAAUCUAGCAGAACUUCGAUUAAGCAGUAACAACUUCAGUGGGCAAUUGCCUGAUUAUUUUCAGAGUUGGACAAACCUUAGAGCGUUAGAAAUUCAAGGAAGUGGCUUUGAGGGGCCAAUACCUGCUUCGAUUUCUCGUCUGCUUGAUUUACAAGAACUGAGAAUUACUGAUUUGAAAGGAGAUGGUUCCAAGGUUCCACCAUUGAAUAAUUUGCAACAACUAAGGACAUUGACUUUAAGGAACUGUAAUCUCACCGGAGAAAUUCCUCCAUACAUAGGAAUUAGUAUGCCGCAAUUAGUUCAAAUAGAUCUUAGCUUUAACAAAUUAACAGGAAAUAUUCCAGAUACUUUUCAAAAUUUAUAUGCUCUGCGGAAAGUGUAUCUAACAAGCAACAUGUUUACUGGAACUAUCCCAAGUUGGAUCACUGACACGGAUGACAGUAGCCGAAUAGACCUUUCUUACAACAACUUUAAUGAUAGCACGUUACCAUCUCAUUGCGAGAAAGCAACUUUAAAUUUAUACAGAAGUAAUGCAAGGGAAGAAAACUUAGAUUCAAGUGCGUGCUUAACAGACUUAAAAUGUUCAAAAGCGCGAUAUUCAUUACAUAUCAAUUGUGGAGGGCAAGAAACGAGAACAGAAAAAGGUAGGUUUGAGCAAGAUAAUGAGGAUGAGGGUGCAGCUAAAUUUAUUCCACGAACAGCAGAGUGGGGAUACAGUAGCAGUGGGGAAUUCUGGAAUCCUAGAUUUCCUACUGGUAAUUUUAUAGCACAAAGUAGUACCAAACUCAAAAUGAAUGACACACAACUGUAUCAAGAAGCUAGGCUUGCUGCCACAUCUUUAACGUACUAUGGUCGUUGCUUGGCAAGAGGGAACUACACUGUCACCCUAUACUUUUCUGAAAUCGUCUUCAAAAAUAACAACACAUAUUUCGGUCUUGGUAGACGCUUUUUUGAUAUCUAUAUCCAGGAGAAGUUGGUUGCCAAGGACUUCAAUAUAGAAAUGGAGGCAAACGGCACAGAUAGGGCUCUCAUAAAAACAUUUCCACACAUUGCGGUAACCAAUUUUAUUGAAGUUCGCUUCUAUUACGCGGGAAAAGGGAGUUGGCAACUCCCUGUAAGAGGAAAUUAUGGUCCUCUUAUCUCAGCUAUUUCAGUGGAGGCGGAGUUUGACCCUCCAUUUAACUGGAAAUUGCUCCUAUGGAUCUUAGCUGGGACUACAUUGUGCCUUAUCGCUGUUGUUUUUGGUAUAAUUUGGUGGAAACGACGCUUGGCAAACAUAGCAGCAAGAGAACAAGAACUUCUAGGACAAAAUCCACAAAUUGGUUUGUUCACAUACAAACAAAUCAAAACAGCAUGUAACAACUUUAACGCUGCAAACAAGAUUGGACAAGGCGGAUUUGGUUCAGUAUACAAGGGGAUAUUAUUGGACGGUACCCAUAUUGCUGUGAAGCAACUCUCUUCGAGAUCAUCCCAAGGGAAUAGAGAAUUUGUGAAUGAGAUUGGUAUAGUUUCUACUUUGCGCCAUCCCAAUCUAGUAAAAUUGUAUGGAUGUAGUGUUGAUAGUAGCCAACUCUUCUUGGUUUAUGAAUAUAUGGAGAACAAUGACCUUGGCCAUGCUUUGUUUGGUAAAAGCUCAAUGAGAUUAGAUUGGGCAACAAGGAAUAAAAUAUGUGUAGGCAUAGCUAGAGGUUUGGCCUUCUUGCAUGAUGAAUCAACAAUAAAAAUAGUUCAUAGAGAUAUUAAAGCAACUAAUGUAUUGCUUGAUCACCAUCUUAACCCUAAAAUAUCCGACUUUGGUUUGGCAAAGCUCAAUGAAGACGAGAAUACUCAUAUUAGCACUAGAAUUGCUGGAACUAUCGGAUACAUGGCUCCAGAAUAUGCAAUGCGGGGUUAUUUGACAGAGAAGGCAGAUGUUUACAGCUUUGGGGUGGUUGCAUUAGAAAUAGUAGCUGGAAGAAGCAACAUGAAUUUUGAACCUAGUGGAGAUCCUUUUUGUCUGUUGGAUUGGGCCUUUGUGCUGGAGCAGAAAGGAAACUUGAUGGAGCUAAUUGAUCCAAGGUUGGGGACAGAAUACAAGGAACAAGAAGCAUUAACAAUAAUUAAGGUGGCACUACUAUGCAUUAAUCCAUCUCCAGCACUUAGGCCAACAAUGUCUCGAGCUCUAAGCAUACUUGAAGGGAAGGUAAAGGUAGAAGAGCUUGUUCUAGAGCAUAAUACAUCACAUGCUCAUCAGAUGAUGCUCCCAGCUACAACAUCUGAUAAAUGGAAUAAACAAAUAACUGACAACACCGAAACUCAAAGCCUCAUACAUUCUUCAGUUACAACGAACACUAAAUCAUGGUCUUCUAUGUCUAUACAUGAUCUUUAUCCAGUUGAUAAUUAUUCCUCUUGAAGAAUUCGUGUAUAUUAUGCUCAGAAUCCAUGUAUUAGAUCAUAUAUAUGUGACUUGUGUGAUCAAACCAAUUGCCUUUUAUAUAUUAUUUAGCUCC